AGUAAUCGUGGUUAGAAUUAGGACGUAGACGGGAAUCAAGUGGGUCGAGUUGAACUUUAACCGUAUUAAAAUUAAACAUUUUUUCUUUGUGUUUCAUAGUACAGUAAUAUUAAAAUAAUAAAUAAAAAUAAGUAAAUAGUAUGCAGCCUGGUAUGGAAGAUACCGUCAUAGAAAAUAUAGAUGGUGUGCCUGUAAUUCGAAUUCGAAAAGAACUAUGGAAAAAUCCACGAACACCGGUAAGAGAGAAACGACCGAUUUGGACAAGUGAUGAAGUAAUCAGAAUGAUUCAAAUAAUAAAAGACAAAAAUAUUCUUUCCCUUUUGUAUGGCGGGAAAUAUAGAAGAAACGAUGUUUUCAAAGUUGUUGCAGCAAAUUUAAGAAGAAUGGGCUACAAUAGAACAGCAGAGCAAAUAAGCACCAAGUGGAAACACCUUCGUCUUACUUAUGCCCACGCUAAGGCGGAAUUAAAAUCCGGAAUAUCCACCGCAGGACAAGAAUGUGCAUUUUAUGAACAAAUGGAUGACCUACUAGGAGAUAGGCUUCAUAUUGUUGGCAUUGAUGCCCCAGCGGAAGCUGAUGAAUCCAAGCACGAAGUGAAAGUUGAAAUUCACAGCCAUGAAAACAUGGAACAAGUUAUAGAAGAUGAAGUUCAAUUGGAGUUUAGUGAAACAGAUUACAGUCAAGUUGAUUUCAGCCAGGUUGAAGUCAUUGAAACUGAUGCUAGUGUAAAUGAUGUCAAUUUGUCGGAAACAAUUGGCCACGAGGAGAUGGUGCAAGAGUACAUGAUAGAGGUGCAAGAACCUCAGUCAGACCUGAGUCAGAUGGAGUUUACACAAGACAUGGAAUCUGAGACUGCUGAGGAGACCUCUCCACCAAAAAACAUAAAGAAAAGAAGAAUGUACUCAAUGAGUUGUCCUCGAACCACUGCAUCAUGGAGCUCGCUUGCAAAAAGGCCUUUAUUUCGAGUUCAUCGAAAUUUUGAUCAGAAACCGAGAGCGACGUGUCAUCAGCAAACAGACAAAUGUUUCCAGAAUUUACAAUUGAUGGAAGAUCAUUCACAAAGACAAGGAACAACACCGGACCGAGGACUGACCCCUGAGGCACGCCACGAGCAGACUCGCAAUGGGGUGAGCGUCAGUAAUCCACCUGGAAGAUUUAGAAAAUCGAAUGAAGGAACAUACUCAAAUGCUCUGAAGAAUUUCACAAAAGAAUGGGAAUUGAUGAUGAUUAGAGUGGCAGAAAAGGAGCGUGAGCAAGACAGGCUGGAAAAGGAGAAAGAAAAAAUGGAGCAACGGAGGUGGGAAGAAAGACUUAUUGAAGCUCAAUCUGAAGCCAUGACUAAAGCCAACAGUGAAUUUUUAUCAGGUUUGAAAGGAUUAUUUGAUGAGUUAAAAAAUUAGUUCUUAGUUUGUUAAACAUAACCUUAAGUAAUAAAUAAAACAAUAUUGUGUACAUGUAAAAGAAGUCUCAAAGGUAAUAGGAGUUAUCAAUUCAUACAUCAGACCUAAGUUUCCUGCACAGUUAAUGAUUGUAAAGAAUUUAAAAAGUACAUAUAUCCAAAUUGUAUUUAAAGUGGCCCACACACUACAUGUGCAUUGCACGCCGUCACAGAAAACGUACUACUAUAACCCAGAAUGCCAACCGCAUGGUAAAAAGCAUUAAGCAUU